AUGUUCAUGGACUUGCCCAUUAUUGAUGCUCCAACUACUCCAAAAUCCUCCGGCACAAUCUCACCAUUUGGAAAUGUGACUCUCACGAACCUACCGUCUAUGACAACCGCAUCCUCUCCUGGAAACCAUACCCAGAUGAAUUUGAAUUCCGAACACCCGGCUACACUGGCACCCAUGCCAACUGCAGCUCGGUCAAAUUUCACUUUUGGCACAAUGCCUACAAUCGUUCCGAUCGUGAACCAAACGGCUCCAGUGUUGUAUCCGGGUAAUGGUACUUUGACGAACUCAACUGCUACACCAAUUGUGCUUGGAGAUGUAACAAUGCCACAUGCAGGGAAUAUGAGUUUGGUUGGUAUGACUACAACGGCUAGUCAUGGAGCACCAGUAGCUGGGAUGACAACUACUGCUGGACAUGGUGCUGGUCCGGCUGCUGGAAUGACAACUACAGCUGGCCAUGGACCUCCUCCAGCUCCUGAAGUCACAACUGUUGGCCACGGAGCGCCUGCCGCCAAUGUCCCAGGAAUGACAACCACAGUUGGGCAUGGAGCCCCAAUUGCUGGAAUGACAACAAUGGGGUUGCCAGGAAUAACUAAAACUGCUGGACAUGGAGCUCCUGCAACAAGUGCCGCCACCUUACCUGGACUUCCCUCUCUAGGACCAAUCGCUUUGUUUGGUGCUACCACGACUGCAGGUCAUGGAGCGCCGGCUGCUGGAAUGACAACAAUGGGUUUGCCUGGAAUGACAACUACAGCUGGCCACGGAGCUCCUGCUGCAAAUUCCACCACUUUGCUAGGACUACCCAUUCUAGGACCACUUUUGGGUGCUAUCACAACUGCAGGCCACGGAGCACCAGCUGCUAACGGUACCAUGGCUCCGAUGAAUGGAACAACAGCUUCAGGAAUGACUACAACUGCUGGACAUGGAGCUCCGGCUGUCACAAUGAUUCCAGGAAUACCAAUUUCCCUUGGAAGUGCUACCACUACUUCUGGACAUGGCUCUGUAAACGCUACCAUGGCUCCAGGAAUGACAACAACGGCUGGUCAUGGAGCUCCAUCAGCUUCCAAUUCUACCACUGCUGGUCAUGGAGCUCCUGUGGCGACAACCAAGGGACCUACUACACCUUGCGGAUCCUCCAGCUGCACUUCUGAUCAAGUCUGUGCCACUCAAUUCAACUCAUCCCAAGUCUGCACCCGAAGGCUCUCAGAUCGCAGAUACUGUAUCGAUAAUCCAUGUGCAACCGGAAUGAAGUGCUUCGAUAAUGUAACCAGUCAUGCGUACACUUGUUAUACGAAAUUGGAUGGAACCGCCGGUGAAUGCCUCGGAAUCCAAUGCUCCCCAGGAGACAUUUGCUAUCAAGUCAUGGGACAGCCUGCCAAGUGUAUCACUUUGCAUCAAGCUCCACGCUGUCUUGGCAAAAACGAAGAAUUCUCUCCAUGCAAAUCCGGCUGUGAGAGCACAUGUGCAGUGCCAAUGCCCCCUUGUAUGAACUCAACGACAUGUACAUCCGGAUGUGCUUGUAUAAGAGGAUACGCAAGGAUCAACGGGGUUUGUGAGCUGAUGAACAAGUGUCCAAGUACUACCACUGGAUCUAUCACCUGCAGUGGAGCCGAGGAGUAUGUGGCUUGCAAACCAGCUUGUGAAAAGACGUGUUCUGGUGUGCCGAACAAGGCCUGCCAAUUGUCCUCGAAUGCUACCGUAACCACUGCCCCAGCUGUUUGCACCCCAGGAUGCAGUUGUCGGAGUGCGUACAAGAGAGACGUGGACAGUGGACAAUGUGUACAAGCCAGGCAGUGUUUCCAUACCACCACCUGCGGUAUCAACGAGUCCUGGUCGCGAUGUCACAAUUGUGAGGCUGUCUGCGGCCAGACUGCAAAUCCGAGCUGCAAGACUUGUUGGAGCGGUUGUGGAUGCAAUUCCGGCUUCUCUAGAAGCACAAGUGGUGUCUGUGUGGAAUCUGCUAAAUGUUCCUAA